GGCAAAAUGCUUCGGAAUCUGCGGAGUUAAUCUUACAAUUUUAACAACUCCUCCUUCGCUAUUUUAAUCCUAUCCUAAGGGGAAAAUCAGCAGGACGCUUAGCAGCCCUUUUUUUUUAAAAAAAAAUUGCAACUUGUCUACCUCCAGCAUUUAAAACGCACAUAGGCUCACGUGCCUUGGGUCUACCAAGGCGAGGCAUUAUGGUCAACGUAGUUUGCGAUAACAGAAAUCUUGCUCCUUCGUGGCGGAACUGCAAUGCAAUACUUCCUGCUGGCGGAAAUGGUAAGAUCUGCGAGGCUAGUAAGUGGGAGGCGUGUGUUUGACUAUCGUUGAUAUAAAAUCACUACGCCCAAUGAAUGGUCACAUCUGACCUUCUCGGCUCUAUAUUUAACUUUUGAUUCUGCCCUGAUUGUAUGUUUCGGUGUUUUGCUGUCUCUAAAAGCAGAAUCACAUUUUUCAGCAUUACUCGGAUUAAAGGUUAGAAGGUGGUUGGGAAGUUUAAAAUCUUUUACUUCCAAAUUUAAAGAUCCCCGUCUGCAUUUUUUUCCCUCCCUUUCCUGAUGUUGGUUUAUAUCCAUAGCCUAUUCUAGAAUCCCUUAAAAGCAUUAGUGUCGUAAACAAAAACAAAGCUGACAAAGGUUAACAAACUUGGUUUCUUUUUAAAGGUAUUGUUUACUUUGAAAUCCUAAAGACGUACACGGAGAUACUGCAUAACAUUUAUUGCCAUUUUAUUCUUAAUGGAGGAGGGUUGCUUCGGUAGUCUCAUAGUUUGGUAUAAUCAGCAGAGUUGCAGCGUGCAAGAUGGUUAUAGCUUUGGCAUGUCAAGUGGGAUAUAGAAGAACUUCAGCUCUGUGUAAUAGGAUUUAUUCAACCUAUGUCAGGAGAAUGAGAUACAUGUUCAAGCUGAAAGAAGAUGAUGAUGCUUGUCGGCAGGCCUAUAAUUCUGGAACUUUCUUCCUAUUUUACAACUUCUCUCCCUUCGUGCAGCAAAAAGGAAAAGCGUUACUAGCCCCAAAGCUAAAGGCAGCAGAAAUAAAAAGACUUUUGCAAAAAUUUCAGAAGAGUGAGAAGAUGAUGGAGGAGUCCAUGCUGGUGGGCUGUUCGGAAGAAUGUACCCCAUAUUUUGCUCUUGACCUAGGAUCCUUGCCAAAAUCUGCUGUUGAGUCUGAACUUGAUGGAUCCUUUGGAGAAUUACAGAAAGCUUUCUUCCAAUUAGAGGACGAAGAUGCAUCUUUGAUUUCCACGUCUCAGGCACUCCUUCGAUGGCAUAAUAAUAACCAAUAUUGUGGCAAAACCGGAGAGCCCACAGUGAAGAAUUUGGCUGGGAGCAAACGAAUUUGUCAUAACAAUGGAAUCAUCUAUUAUCCACAGAUGUCUCCAGUGGUUAUCGCAUUGGUGUCCGAUGGGAGUCGAUGCCUACUUGUACGGCAGGCAUCAUUUCCUAAAGGGAUGUACAGUGCUUUGGCUGGCUUCUGUGACAUGGGUGAGAGUCUAGAAGAGACAGUCCAACGCGAGGUUGCUGAAGAAGUAGGCUUAGAGGUGAAAUCUCUCUGGUAUUCUGCAUCUCAGCACUGGCCAUUCCCAAAUAGCAUCCUCAUGAUAGCUUGUCAUGCAUUAGUGCAUCCCCUACAGAGCAAUUGUACAAUAAAUACUCAGGAGCUUGAAUCUGCCAGAUGGUUCAGCCAUGAGGAAGUGGUGAAGGCACUUGAACGAAAAUCAUGGCCUUCCAAAGAAACGGAUGACAGAACCUCUUUUUGGGUGCCACCUAAACAAGCUAUAGCUCGUCGGUUGAUCCAAGAAUGGGUGAAGCAGAAAACGUCUCCUUAGUUUUAAAAAAUGUGCAGGGGGGGAUGAUGGUAACUUUAUAACUGAUGUCUUUUUUGCAGUGGUCCUCCAUAUUUUGUGGAGUAAGUACUGGUAAACCAUAUUAGAUCUUUUGACAUGUUGUCUUGAAAAUUCACUGCUGUAGAAAUCAUUGAAUUGGUUUGGAACAAGAGGUUGAUAUUCCCAUAUAGUAAUAAUAUGUAGCAAAACCAGUCUAAACUUCUAUUCCUUUUGGAAACUAAUAAGAUUUGGGAGUAUUCUUGGGAUUUCUUAGUAAAGCCAUUUGUGGGCAAAUCUGGACCUUGAAUUCCUUGCUUGUCCUUGGAAGCAUCCUGGCCAUGCCACCAGUUGGGGUUGGGAGUAGAGUUAAAAUUCUUGACCACCAGGAGACUAUGACCAAUUUUGUCCUUAUUGGGAUUCAUCAGGUCCACAUAGCCAUUAUAGUUAGUAUUACUCUUACAUGGUUGACUCUCCUCUAUCCGUUUGACUUCUCUUCCCUCUUUUUAAACAGAUGCCUCCUGUCUCUAAAAGUAAUGCAAUUGUUUACUAAAUAUACAGUGCAUGUUCCCCAACCAAAGUUCUGUUCUCUCAUUCUUCCUGUGAGAAUUCGUGUGAACUUAAAGGAUUCUUAUAGGGGUGAAGGAGAGUUCAUCAUUUAUAUUUGAAAAGUUCCUAAUUAUACACACAAAAGCAAAAAGGAAAAAAGCAAGCCAAAGAUUGGGGUGGUUGUUAAAUUUACCCAACAUACUUGACUGGGUGAGCUAAAGAUGUAAAGACUACUUUCAGCUAACCUGCUAAUUCUGCUUAGUUUUAACCUUCUUUAAUUUGUUUUUGGUUUGAUUUGUGGGCAGGGGCUAAAAGCAGCUCAUUCAGGU